AUGAGUCGAGCCGGACGAUCAGCUGCGGUGGUUUGUCGGUGUCGUGCAUUUGGAUGUGUUCAACAGCGCUUUCGGGACCGUAAUGGUCAAUGGGCACUCGGCGCUCUGGUUUCUACCACUACUAGAGCCAGCCAUGCAAUAGCUGAUAUGCAUACGGCUGCCCGGUUUGGAGGAACUCAAGAUUCCGACGAGGACUCGGAUAGUGACAACAACAGCGCUGGCAUAGGGUCUGAGGUCCCGGAGCUCAAUAUUGAUCGACUGGCUCUCUCUUCCCAACGUCCGGCUCCAAGCCCUGCCGCCAGAUCCAAUGUCUAUGACUGUAGUCCUUAUCACAACUUCAGCCUCAGGCACGCAAGCCCAGCAGUCCUACACAUGUCGCUUUUGGCCGCCAUUCUCACGGUUUGCGAUCACACUUCACUACAAACGGCGUCUUGGCUUUUGAAAUCCGGAAGGGAACUGCUAGCUCUCACGGCCUCCGGUGCACUGGGCAAAUUUCCAAACAAGCCCCUUGAUUUUCGACAAGAGGAAACCCUCAAAAAUUUACCAUCCGACGCUCGAACCCUCAUCAAAUGGUUCAAGAUCGAUCCUAAACUUGUCAGAGUUACUUGCUGCCCGAGCUGCUUUGCGAUGUACCCACAGCCAGACCCCCAGUCCAACCCUCAGGCCAAAGGCUCCAAAAUCCCUGCCGCUCCAAUUCCACCAAAAUGUAUCAAUCUGGUUUUUCCUCACGAUGGCGAGCUAGUUGGCUUGUGGGACGAUGUUGAGGAUCCGAAUCUUGCCGCGCUUCAUCCCCCAGCUGAAACCGACGACGAAGACCCUGCCCUUCCGAUUGGCAUGCAGUUCUUUAAUCGCAUGGAGUUCCGAUCUGACUCGGACGAUAACUCUUUCUCACCUUGCCUCGACGCUGAAGGGUGGGACACAGGCUCCUGGACUCGACCAAGCGAAGACAAGAUUAUUUGUGAUGCAAAGAUGGUGGCUUUCAUCAAUAAGCUUCUACCUCGAAUCAAUAUACCGACGUGGAUCAAGCGGGCUUUACCUGUCUUGGGUAAAGCAAGUUUUGGAAGUCUUAAAGCGGAUGAGUGGCGUAACUUGUUUACUAUUCAGCUGCCACUCGUUCUUCCGGUCUACUGGGCGGAUGGGGGGCCAACUGCGCGGUCUCUAUUUCGUAAUUUUGCUCAUUUGGUAUCAAUGGUCAACCUCGCGCUCAAGAGAUCAAUGACUUCCGACACAAUCAACAAAUAUCGACAUCACAAUCUCGAAUACCUCAGAAGUUGUUUGAUCCUAUUCCCUGACGUCAAUUUGGCCCCAAAUCACCACAUCAUUUUGAAGGCCGCGCAUAACAACAGGCUUGGCCAACUCGAAAUAACCUUUCUCACGAAUUUUUGCCGCAUUGGCAACUUGCAGGCAUUACUGUCUACGCCAAACAUGUUUCCCGCCGAGCUACAGCCUUUUAUCCGACAGUUGCAAGCUUUUCGUGAUCUGAUUUCAGUCCGGGCUGAAACAAUACCAAAAAGCCGGCAAGGAUUCCUCGACUCACCUACGCUCAAAGUCCUCAUCAAGCGCCUCAAUGAGCUUUUCCCUUGCUCCACCGGCGCGCCGUGGAUUCCAUCUGACGAAUGGGCCAAAAAGAAAGAAGCCAAAUCGAAAGAAUAUCUCGCAGUAACUCCUUCCAUCGAAAAGCUCCCCAGCGUCUUGAUCAACGAAGUCCUUUUUUCCACCCUGCGAGAAAAUCCGAGUAACAGUGUCAUUACCCUACGAGCUGGAUGUGCACCUCAAUACGGAAUUAUUGAACAGAUCUUUCGGCACCAGCGCACCUCCGGCAAUGGCACCAGCACAGCCGACACUUGGAUGGUGAUCCAGCCUCUUGUACCGUGCUCUUUCUCGAAUCCAUUUGCAGGGCUAGGCAAAUUUGACGUGCAACUUGAGCUCCGGAUCAUUCAAACGGAGAUCCUCUAUGUUAUUCAUACGCGGGAGGUUCUUGCGCACUGCGCAUGGAUCAAGUAUAAGGCUCGUGAGAUACUUCCAAGUAUCAAGAAGGAGUGCAUUGCAUUGGUAUCUCUGGACCGCUAA